AUGACAUCAUAUGAUGCAACAUUACAAUUUGCGGAAGACCAAUUUGCCACGCCGGAGUGGUGUAAUCCAGCCGUAACAUAUCAAUUUGUGUCAAAAUACACGGCUGCCGAUCAGCAAAAUCCCAGAAUCGCACUGAAAGUCGUUGGCAGCGCGGUAUGGUUCCGCGCGUACAAAGGUCAGCUCGGAAUGACGAAGUUGGAUGAGUGGACGGGAGGUGCGAUCGGCUGCCCGUUACACGCUUCGGCCAAAACCACGAUAGUCGAUUAA